CCGAGGAACAAACAGGUCUGAUGACACUGAAAGAGGAGAGUGAAGUUCUGAACGAAACGGAUGAGAAAUAUAAGCUUGAGAAACAUCAGGAGUUCAUACCUGAAGAAAAAACGUUUAGUUGCUCACAGGCUGAAAAGACUUGUUCACGAAAAAGCGCUCAAAAGACAAGAAGCUGCGAAAAGAAGCAUUUUACCUGUCAACAGUGUGAGAAAAGUUUUAACCUAAAAGGAGACCUUAUCAGACACAGGAGAGUUCACACUGGAGAAAAGCUGUUCCCCUGCCAAAGGUGUGAUGUAAGUUUUACUCAAAAAGGAAGCCUUAACAGGCACACAAGAAUUCACUCCAGAAAGACACUUUACACAUGCACUCAGUGUGGAAGGAGUUUUGAACAACAUGGAAACCUUAAAGUCCACAUGAGAAUUCAUACAGGAGAGAACACUUUUACCUGUCACCAGUGUGGAAAAAGUUUCAACAGAAAAGGAAACCUUAGACACCACAUGAGAGUUCACACCGGAGAAAACCCUUUCACCUGCCAACAGUGUGGAAAGAGUUUCACUCAAAAAGUAAACCUUAUCAGACACAUGACAACUCAUACCGGAGAGAAGCCUUACACCUGCCAACAGUGUGGAAAUGGUUUUAAUCAAAAAGGACACCUUAAAAUCCACAUGAGAGUUCACACUGGAGAAAAGCUGUUCCCCUGCCAAAGGUGUGGUGUAAGUUUUGCUCAAAAAGUAAGCCUUAACAGGCACACAAGAAUUCACUCCAGAAAUAAACUUUCCAGAAAGAAGCCUUACACCUGCCAACAGUGUGGAAGGAGUUUUGAACAACAUGGAAACCUUAAAAUCCACAUGAGAGUUCACACUGGAGAGAAGCCGUUCACCUGCCAGCAGUGUGGAAAGAGUUUCACUCAAAAAGUAAGCCUUAACAGGCACAUGAGAACUCACACCGGAGAGAAGCCUUACACAUGCCAACAGUGUGGAAACCGUUUCAGUCUAUAUGGAAACCUUAAAAUCCACAUGAGAACUCAUACUGGAGAAAACCCUUUCACCUGCCAACAGUGUGGAAAGAGUUUCACUCAAAAAGGAAGCCUUAUCAGACACAUGAGAACUCACACCGGAGAGACAGAGUUUCAAUCAGCUUUAAAACUUUAAAGUCCAUAUGAGAAAUCAAAGGCUGCAUUUACGCUUGUCAUUAACAUGCGACUGGUAUCUGGAUGUUGUCCACAUACACAUUGAAAAGACAAGUGUAAACGCGCUUCUGAUUGGAAU